GAAGACGGAAGCAGCAGACAAAGCCGAGAAAAAAAAACGCCGUCCUCCCCAAGCGCCCCCCUCACUCAGGAACCAAAUCGAACAACCCAGAGAAGCCAUGGAGCGGCUGCAGCGGAUCUUCGGCGCCGGCGGGAUGGGCCAGCCGCCGUCGGACUCGCCGCUGCUCGACUCCUCCGAGCAGGUCUACAUCUCCUCCCUCGCCCUCCUCAAGAUGCUCAAGCACGGGAGGGCCGGCGUGCCGAUGGAGGUCAUGGGCCUCAUGCUCGGCGAGUUCGUCGACGACUACACGGUCCGGGUGGUCGACGUCUUCGCCAUGCCGCAGAGCGGGACGGGGGUCAGCGUCGAGGCCGUCGACCACGUCUUCCAGACCAACAUGCUCGACAUGCUCAAGCAGACCGGCAGGCCAGAAAUGGUGGUAGGGUGGUAUCACUCUCAUCCUGGUUUUGGUUGCUGGCUAUCGGGUGUUGACAUCAAUACUCAACAGAGUUUCGAAGCUUUGAACCCCAGGGCAGUUGCCGUCGUGAUCGACCCCAUCCAGAGUGUCAAGGGGAAGGUGGUCAUCGAUGCAUUUCGUCUCAUUAACCCUCAGACCAUGAUGCUUGGGCAGGAGCCACGUCAGACAACAUCCAAUGUUGGGCACCUGAAUAAGCCAUCUAUUCAGGCUCUUAUUCAUGGGCUCAAUAGACACUACUACUCUAUUGCAAUAAAUUACCGCAAAAAUGAGCUCGAGGAGAAGAUGCUGCUUAACCUUCACAAAAAGAAAUGGACUGAUGGAUUAAUUCUGAAGAAAUUUGACGCACAUUCAGAAACCAAUGAGCAGACUGUUCAGGAAAUGCUGAGCCUAGCCAUCAAGUACAACAAGGCAGUGCAAGAGGAGGAUGAGUUGUCCCCUGAGAAAUUAGCGAUAGCUAAUGUGGGACGGCAAGAUGCGAAGAAGCAUCUAGAAGAGCAUGUCUCAAAUCUGAUGUCGUCGAACAUAGUUCAGACCCUAGGUACCAUGCUUGACACGGUUGUCUUUUAGUCUACCACUACUGUUGUUCCAAAUCAUUCAUGUUAUGUAUCCAAAGCCUGCCACAACGCAGCAAGGCAAUUCGUGUUCUAACAGUUUGCUCGACAGACUCAAUUUUCUGUAGUACUAUCUUCUGUAUGUUUAAUUUCGCAGCAAUUUUCAUGGGUGUACUUUAAAAUUGCAAGUUCUGGUUC